AUGACUAAAACGCUCACGUUCGUGUUAUCGUUGUUCCUCACCGGCGUGGUAAUUGGCGCCUCUGAUGACUCCACCUCCUCAACUAGCGAAGAGGAUCUCCUGCAAGCAGAAGCUACUGGUUACGGUGGAGGAACAUUUGGUGGUGGUGGUGGUGCUGCUGCUGCUGGUGCUGGAGGUCUCGGAAGUUUUGUUACUAUUCCUGUUCAGGCACAGCCAGUACAAGUGAGUGUAAUAAGUGGAGGCAGCGGUUUGGGUGGAGGUGGUGGUUUUAGCGGCACUGGCUUGGGUGGAAGCUUCUACAGUGGUUACGAUGGUCUUGGAGGAGGAAUCGGCUCUACUGGUGGAUAUGGAGGAGGAAUUGGUGGUGCUGGUGGAGGAGCAAUUGGCGGUUUCGGAAGAAGAGGAGUUGGUAGAUUCAGAAGUGGUGGUGUGACGGUUCUUGCUCUUCUCGCUAUACCCAUCUCUUUGCCAGUUACAGGAGCCGGUGGUGGAGGCAUUGGCGGAGGUGGUUUAGGAAUUGGAGGAUUGGAAGGAGGUGGUUUAGGCAUUGGAGGAUUGGGAGGAGGUGGUUUAGGAAUUGGAGGAUUGGGAGGAGGUGGUUUAGGAAUUGGAGGAUUGGGAGGAGGUGGUUUAGGAAUUGGAGGAUUGGGAAGAGAUGGUUUAGGAAUUGGAGGAUUGGGAAGGGGUGGUUUGGGAGGCGGUUGGUUCAGAAAAGGUGGCUAA